UGAGCUGGAGAUAAAAAAGUUAACAGCAAAAUGGUAGAAGCAGAUACACCUGGGAAGCUGUUUAUAGGAGGCCUCAGUAUCGAGACUAAUGAAAAGACUCUUGAAGCAGUAUUUGGGAAAUAUGGUCACAUAGUGGAAGUUCUUUUGAAGGAUCAGGAAACAAACAAGUCCAGAGGCUUUGAUUUUAUUACAUUUGAGAGCCCUGCUGAUGCUAAACAUGCUGCCAAAGAUAUGAAUUGGAAGUCUUUGGAUGGAAAAGCAAUUAAAGUGGAGCAAGCCAACAAACUAUCUUUUGAAAGUGGUGGAAGACAGAAGCUACCACCUCAUCCAAGAAACAGAGGCCAUCCAAGAAGUGUGAGAUGUGGAAGAGGAGGAAGUGGAGGAGCAAGAGGGCGUUCCUCACGUGGAGGACACUUGGAUGAUGGAGAAUGUACUCUUAACUUCAACGUGAGUUCUUCCAGGGGACCCUUUCCAGUUAAAAGAGGCCUAUCUUCAAGAAGUGGAGGUCCUCCUCCUAAAAGAUCGGCUCCUUCUGCUCCCGGGCGUAGCAACAGAGGGAUUGGAGGAAGAGGGCCACCAUCACGUGGGAGAGAAAAUUAUAGAGGUCCUUCACGCAGAGCGCCAGUGUCUUCCCGGAGAGAUUACUAUAUUUCACCAAGAAAUGAUGGUUACAGUACCAAAGAUAGUGAUCGUGAUGGCUAUGGUGGUGGUCGUGAUAGAGAUUAUUCUGAACCUUCAAGUGGAGGCUCUUACAGAGAAUCAUAUGAGAGUUAUGGUAGCUCCCGUGGUGCACAGCCUGCACGUGGGCCCCCUCUGAGUUAUGGUGGAAGCAGUCGCUAUGAUUAUAGCAGAGCACGUGAUGGAUAUGGUGGAGGUCGGGAAAGUUACUCAAGCAGCCAGAGUGAUCUCUACAUAAGUCGUGAGCGUGGUGGCAGACAAGAACGAGGGUUCCCACCCUCUAUGGAUAGGGUGUACCCUUCUCAUGAAUCAUAUGGUAGCUCAAGUUGUGGGGCUUCCAGAGGAGGUCGUGGGGGAAACCAAUCUGAAAGAGGAGACCGUAGCAGAUAUUAAAAACAAGUUCUGUACCAAUUUUUUGUCAAAGAGGAAAUUUAACUCCUUUUUUUCUGUUACUAUAGAACUAAUGAAAAAUGUUACUUUAAUGGGGAAAGGCAUAUGUUAACUUGCCCUCUGUGAAUUUUUGGAUA